AUGUCUGGAAAAGGAAAAGCAGCUACUGGAGGUCGCGGCAAGAAGACCGGCAAAAGCUCAACGCGCUCAGCGAAGGCUGGUUUGCAGUUUCCUGUUGGUCGUGUCGCUCGUUACUUACGUAAGGGUCGCUACGCUCAACGUACCGGGAGCGGUGCUCCCGUCUACAUGGCUGCUGUUCUCGAGUAUCUCUGCGCUGAAAUUCUUGAGCUCGCUGGUAACGCUGCUCGUGACCACAAAAAGACUCGAAUUAUCCCGCGCCAUAUCCAGAUGGCUGUCCGCAAUGAUGAAGAGCUUAACAAGUUGCUUGGAGACGUCACUAUUGCUUCCGGCGGUGUCAUGCCCAACAUUCACUCUGUCCUAUUACCUAAGAAGUCAGCUACGGCUGGUAAGAAGGGAAAGUCCUCAGCUUCACAAGAUUAUUAA